UCCAGACCAUCAAAAGACAGGUCUUCUAGUACUACAUUAAUAAAAACAAAAACAAAAGUUUCAUUUCACUUGCAAACGCACACGUCUGUUAACCGAGAGUGAUUCGAAUCUUAAAUUUAAAAGGAUCUCGCAUAUAGAUAAAUUAUAGAUAUGCGAUUAUCAUCACUUAAACGUAUAGAAUGCAUAAUUCCAUUCGCUAUCUUAGCCAUAGCCGGUACCGUGAAAGCAGGAUCGUCAUUUAACAAGGGGUCCGUCGAAGGCGAAACUGUUUUACAAAUAACGGAAAAAAUAUAUUCAAACAUCUUUGUACGAAAACGCGAAGAACACAAGCUACUGGUGAAACAUCUGUUAGCUACAGAAGACUACUCGAAACGUUACGAAUUGCUGAAGUUGGCCUUAAAAGAGAUUUUGAAGAUCCUCCAAGAAGACGGAGCCAAACUGCGCCAAAGUGCCAUUACAGCCGAGUCUGUUUUCCCGACAGACACAGUAGAGAUGGAAGCAUUGGCACGAUACCUGGAGAACACUUGUUUCUUCGCCGAGUUGAUCCUUCACUUACCGGAUAUCUCGUAUCGGAUUCUAAAAACCCUUGACAACUGGCGAUCACUCAUAAUUGCAUCUCUGUCUUACUCACGAAGUUUCGUGAACAUUCUGGAUCAGAAAUCGCUCGAGCUUCUAGGACUGCUAGAACAGGAAAUCGACGAAAGCAAACGCUCCGACACAUACGUAAAUCCGUACCGAUUGACCGCAGAUACAUCUACGUCAACUCCCAAACCGCCCAAAAAGAAAUCAAAAUUGAAAAAGGGACCACAACUGUCUGGAACUCCAAGGAAUGAACUGUGAUGUCAAUGAGUGAGAUUUCAAUUCAAUUAGCAUUUUUGUA